AUGGCGGUAAAUCUUGCUGCACCCCAUGCGUUGUUAUCACCAGCUUCGUCCACAACUCUGCAAUUACAGCACAACCCUAUUUGUCGUUUACCAAGUUGCUUCAGAUUUUUGCCGGCGAAAUUUACUAAAAAUCCCAUUUGCGCCGUCAACCGCGCUAAUGCCUCCACCGCGUCCACGGUGGCGGCGUCCGCCGGAAAGGAAGUGUCUUUGCCGCCGCUGGAGGUGAGAGAAAUUGAUGGGAAGUGCAGAAAGUGGGUUUGGAAAGGGUAUGCCGUUAAUUACUUUGUCUAUCCACAAAUCGAUGGCGAUGUUGCUGGUGUGAGCCCUCCGCUUCUUCUGGUUCAUGGUUUUGGCGCAUCGAUUGCUCAUUGGCGCAGGAAUAUACCGACCCUAGCUCAAGGUCGUACGGCUUAUGCCAUCGACCUCAUCGGUUUUGGUGGCUCAGAUAAACCCGCUGGAUUCCAGUAUACUAUGGAAAUCUGGGCACAGUUGAUACUCGAUUUCUUGGAUGAAAUUGUGCGAAGGCCCACUGUGCUAUUGGGAAAUUCUGUUGGCAGUCUUGCUUGUGUUAUUGCUGCUGCAGCAGAGUCUAGUGAAUGUAAAUCCCUCGUGUGUGGUCUCGUGCUGUUGAAUUGUGCGGGUGGAAUGAACAACAAAGCUAUAGUUGAUGACUGGAGGAUAAAGCUAUUGUUGCCUUUGCUCUGGUUUUUCGACUUCUUACUGAAGCAAAGAGGAAUUGCUUCUUAUUUAUUCGAACGUGUCAGACAAAGAGAUAAUCUGAGAAAUGUUUUAUUGUCAGUCUAUGGAAACAAGGAAUCUGUGGACGAAGAUCUUGUUGAGAUAAUUAGGAAACCAGCACUCGAUGAAGGAGCCCUUGACGCCUUUGUUUCAAUCGUCACAGGUCCACCCGGGCCGAAUCCAGUCCAGCUCAUCCCAAAUAUCACUUUACCCGUUUUGGUGUUAUGGGGUGAUCGAGACCCAUUUACCCCGAUUAAUGGGCCUGUUGGUAAAUACUUCUCGUCUUUACCGGGCCAACUGCCGAACGUGAACCUCUUUUUACUUGAAGGAGUUGGGCAUUGCCCACACGACGACAGGCCAGACUUGGUCCACGAAAAAUUGCUUCCUUGGCUAGCCAAUAUUACUGGUGCUUAA